AGGAAUUUUAUUUUAUAUUUAGAAAAAAUAUAUACAUUUAUAAAAAUAUAUACAUUUAUAAAUACAAGCAUAUAAUUCAAAAUGGUGUUAGCUGAUCUUGGUCGCAAGAUUACUCACGCUCUGCGUUCUCUGAGCAAUGCUACAGUUAUCAACGAGGAAGUCUUGAAUGCCAUGCUAAAAGAAAUAUGCUCAGCUUUAAUAGAAUCUGAUGUCAAUGUCAAGUUGGUCAAGCAGUUAAGAACUAAUAUCAAAGCAGCAGCCAACAUUGAAGAAAUGGCUGCUGGUACAAAUAAAAGAAGACUCAUUCAACAUACUGUAUUUCAAGAGUUAUGUAAAUUGGUUGAUCCUGGUGUUAAAACAUGGCAUCCAAGCAAAGGAAAGAAUAAUGUGAUUAUGUUUGUUGGUCUCCAAGGCAGUGGUAAGACUACGACAUGUACUAAGUUGGCAUAUUACUAUCAACGAAAAGGAUGGAAAACGUGUCUUAUAUGUGCUGAUACAUUCCGUGCAGGUGCUUUUGAUCAGUUAAAACAAAAUGCUUUGAAAGCCAGAAUACCAUAUUAUGGAAGUUACUCUGAACCCGAUCCUGCUGUCAUUGCAGCUGAUGGUGUUGAAAAGUUUAAAAAGGAAAACUUUGAGAUUAUCAUUGUUGAUACUAGUGGCCGUCAUAAACAAGAAGAGUCCCUCUUUGAAGAAAUGUUGCAAGUUUCAAACUCUGUAAAUCCUGAUAAUAUUAUUUUCGUGAUGGAUGCUUCCAUUGGUCAAGCUUGUGAAGCUCAAGCUAGAGCUUUUAAAGAAAAAGUAGAUGUUGCAUCUGUUAUUAUCACAAAACUUGAUGGUCAUGCGAAGGGUGGCGGUGCUCUCAGCGCUGUUGCAGGCACCAAGAGUCCCAUCAUUUUCAUUGGUACAGGAGAACACAUAGAUGACUUUGAACCAUUUAAAACACAACCUUUUAUCAGUAAACUGCUGGGUAUGGGCGAUAUUGAGGGUUUGAUAGACAAAGUGAAUGAGUUGAAACUGGAUGAAAAUGAAGAACUCAUAGACAAGCUUAAGCAAGGUGUGUUCACAUUACGCGACAUGUAUGAGCAAUUUCAAAACAUUAUGAAAAUGGGUCCAUUUAGUCAAAUUAUGGGUAUGAUACCAGGAUUUAGCAAUGAUUUUAUAUCAAAAGGCAACGAACAAGAAUCUGUAGCGAGAUUAAAAAGAUUGAUGACAAUGAUGGAUAGUAUGAAUGAUAUAGAAUUAGACAGUCCAAAUGGAGCAAAAUUGUUUACAAAACAACCAGGACGAUUAAAUCGUGUGGCACGAGGUUCUGGAGUUUCAACUCGAGAGGUUCAAGAACUACUAACACAAUAUCAAAAAUUUGCUCAGAUGGUGAAGAAAAUGGGAGGUAUCAAAGGACUUUUUAAAGGUGGAGAUAUGGCAAAGAACGUGAAUCCUUCCCAAAUGGCAAAAUUAAAUCACCAAAUGGCGAAAAUGAUGGACCCACGUGUUCUCCAUCAGCUAGGUGGAAUGGGAGGCCUUCAAAAUAUGAUGAAACAGUUUCAGGGCGCAUCUGGUAGUGGCGGUGGUGGCGCACCGGGCGGAUCCAAGGGUAGAAAGAAAUAGUCACGUUAGUAUCGUCAUUUCUCGUCAAAAACAGGUUUGACACAUGUGGUUUGUUUACGUGCUGGUCGCGACGUUACCAAAAGAAAAGAAUGUUGUUUUCAUGGAUAGAACUUUAUUUAUACCUGAACACUUAUCUACGAAAUAAGAUUAGAGAAAAUAGAGAGAAGUAAUCUUGUGAGAGUCUGCAUUUUUCAUACUAAAAAUAAUCCUGUGAGACACCAUACAAAAAUAAUCUUGUAACAACUUUAAUCUAAAUACUGAAGUAAAAGAUUUUAUUUUCUGUGAAUUGUAUUUGGAGAAUCGUUUAAUCACGGCUAUUAGUUUAGCCAUUUCUGCACAAGAUAAGAGAAGUCUAUUUUGGGAUUAUUACGUAAUUUUGUAACAUAUUAAAAUCGCAAAUAAACUCUGUGUAUCUGUUA